AUGAGUGGGAAAAUAAUCGGUGCCGGCGUUUCUCUCAUCCUUUGUGUGGGUGUGGUCAUUGGCGUGGUUGCUGUGGUUCAGAGCCCGAAGAACGAGACGAGCAGCACAGGAGAAUUAAAAACCACGAACAGGGCCGUGACAGCGUUGUGCCAAAACUCAGAUGAUCAACAAUUUUGCCACAGUGUGCUUUCCACCACAAAGAGCUCAAACCCUAAGGAUUACAUUGCCACCGUUGUGAAAACCUCGAUGGACAGUGUCAUCAAAGCGUUCAACAUGAGCGACAGGCUCACAGUGGAACACGGCAACAGCAGCGCAGGAAUGAAGAUGGCUCUCGACGAUUGCAAGGACUUGUUGCAAUCCGCAAUCCACGAACUGGAGGCCUCGGGUGUGUUGGUCCAAGAGAGCAACAUCGACGCCGUUAACAACCACACCUCCGAAAUCAAGAACUGGCUAGGUGCUGUUGUUGCCUAUCAGCAAUCGUGCCUCGACGGGUUCAACACGGACGGCGAGAAGAAGGUUCAGGAACAGUUACAGUCCAAUAGCUUGGACCAAGUUGGGAAGCUCACUGGCUUGGCACUUGAUAUCGUAUCGGGGAUUGCGAAGAUUCUUCAAUCCUUGGACUUGAACUUGAUUCUGAAACCCGCCUCUCGUCGCCUUCUCGAUAUUGAUCAAGAGGGAUACCCCACUUGGUUCUCCGCUGCUGAUCGCAAGCUCUUGGAUAAUAUUGAUAACGGUGGAGUUAUACCCCAUGCUACAGUGGCUAAGGAUGGCAGUGGCCAAUUCACUACCAUUUUGGACGCUAUCAACUCCUAUCCCAAGAAACAUCAAGGUAGAUUCAUCAUCUACGUCAAGGCUGGUGUGUAUGAUGAGUACAUCCUUGUUGACAAGAAGAAGGUUAACCUUCUCAUCUAUGGCGAUGGCCCCACCAAGACCAUCAUCACCGGACGCAAAAACUACGCCGAGGGUACCAAGACCAUGAGAACCGCUACCUUCUGUAAGUCCAACUUCCUCUCCUUCCAUCCAAACAAGAACAUAUUUGCCUAA